AUGCAUUGGAAAGCCAGACGAACGCCUACCUCAGUAGCAGAUCACUUUUUAGACGGACAAAUCAAGGCUAGCCAUGUCGCGUCACCGCAACUAACUCUCCUCGUCGCCAGCAUCGCUUUCGCAGUGUUUCUCUUUUGGCUCCUCUUUGUACCACCCAAGCGGCUGCACCACAGCAUCAACAAUGUGCCAAUCUUGCCUUGCAGAUUUCCUGGCCUUGGUGCUGUUGGCUUCUUUGGAAACCGCUAUACUUUCCUGAACAAAAUGGUCACGAAAGAUCCAGCACGACCGCAUGAAGGCAUCGCAAAGUUCAACCUCUUCGGGCACAUCGUAUACCACGUCGGGUCGAAUGACGAAGCGACAAUGCGAGCCAUCGCCCAAAAUCCGGACCUCAGCUUCUCUCAAGGAAACUCUCUGCUCUUUGCUGGCAUCCAGGGCGCAGGUCAAAAAGGACUAGACGAUGGCGGCGAAAUGGAUGCAGAGGAGAGGAAGGAAAUGAGGGACUUGGCAAAAGCAAUCAGCCCGCGACGUCUGGCAGAUAUCACGCCUGUGCUCGCGAGCGAUGCGGUGAAGGCUUUUGACGAAUGGAUCGCGCGGUCGCCCAAGUCUCCAACCACCCGCGCAGCUUUGAUUGAUCUGCAACAAACCUAUUACCCCCUCAUUUUUCAAUUUAGCGUGCGGAUGAUGGGACUAUCCGAGUAUGCCUCCGCUCCCGCUGAGUUAAGCAAGCUCAUGUGGGCAUUCUGGCUGACGCAACGAAAUGCCGGCUUCUGGACGACAUUGGUUCCAUGGCUGCCUCAGCCGCAGCUGAUCAAACGCCUCGUGGGCGCAGCAACACUGUGGAUCAUGGUUCGCGCGUCUGUCAAGAAGCGCAUCGAAGAGGGCCGGCGCGAAGAUGACUACGCGCAAACAUUGAUCGAUGAGGGACAUUCGCCCGGCAAGAUCAGCCGUUUUGUCAUCGGUGGAUUGAUUGCUGGCAUUCUCAACACCAUCGGUACAGGCGCAUAUGUUCUUGCCUGGAUUGGAGCAGAUGCAAAACUGAAGAAGGUGGUUAGGGAUGAAAUCGAGGAUCUGUGCAAGAAAAGCGCCGAGAAACGCGGGGAGGUGUAUGAGGAGCUCACUAAUGAGGAGCGGCUCACGCGCGUCACGCUCGAAGAGUGGGAGUCAGGCUUGGAAACGCUCAUGCUCUGCUUCAGGGAAAGCAUUCGCUUCUUGUUGACCAACAGCAUCAAUCGCUACUACCCUGGUCCGCGCAGAGACACCAAGGGCAACGUCAGGCCACGUCUCAAGCUGCUGGGUCAUGAGAUCGAGGACAAUGCCUAUGUCGUCUACUCGCCUUCGUCCAAUUUGCACAGCGCCGAUGCUUUCUCAGAUCCGUGGAGAUUCGACCCGUUCAGAUACAAGCGAGGCGAGGGCCAGACCGAGUACACCAUGGUCGGCUGGGGCUUUGGGCAUCACCGCUGCACGGGGAUACGCUUUGCCAAGCUCGAGACGAUUAUGGCCACCGCAACCUUUAUGCUGUGCAACGACUUUGUCACUGUCAACGACAAAGACGAGCCUUACGGCCCGCAAGAGGUACCGCUCCCCGAUUUGAGCCAAUUGCAUUGGCGCGAGCCGCGGAGACCAAUCCGCUUGCGCGUGCAUAAACUCAAGUCAGAUUGA